AUGCUUGUUUACCUGUUUUUCCAGGUCGUUACACUAGAGAAGAGCCUCCAGUCACUCGGAACAUCCAGGGAUACGGCAGAGCUACGACAGAGUCUCCACGCCACACAGCAGCAGACCAACAAAGUCAUCACGAGUACGAGUCAACUCAUCAAGCAGCUCUCUGACAUCAUCAGCAGCUCUUCACGGCAGGAUCGCCUUCGCCUCACCCGGUUAAAGACUGAGCUGUCAGAGUCGUCCAGCGCUAUGCAGACCUGCAGAAGAAAAUCGCAGACCGCACAAGGGCCUUACUUCCUCCGGCACAGAAGGAAAAUAAGGUGAGGCCACUUGAGGCCAGCCCUCUCUCUGAACCACUAUCUCUCCACUUGGUACGAUGGCCCUGCUCCU